AUGACGACGAUGAUGAGAGAAAAAUAUCCAAAGUUUUACCACGAAGACGGGGAAGUGUCGUCCCUGUCCACGUCGCGAAACUUACAGGAAAAGUACCACACGUUCGAAGGACACGCGAUACGGUACGUGAAAGGAACGUCAAAACACGAUGAUGAGAAACCAAACGUUAUAUUAAUUCACGGUUUCGGCGGGAACGCGGAUCAGUGGAGAAACAACACGAGUUAUUUUGCCAACGAGAAGAAAUACAACGUGUACGCGUUGGAUUUACUCGGGUACGGGUACAGCGAUAAACCGGAUCCGACCGCGCCGGGGAGAGAGAAGAACGAUAUUUAUAAUUUUUACACGUGGGCGAGACAGAUUAACGAAUUCAUCGAGACGGAGAUGGAAGGAGAGGAUAAGAGAGCGUUUUUGAUGUGUAACUCAGUCGGCGGCGUGGCCGGAUUACAAGCGGCGUUGGAUAAACGGGAGAAUAUUUUGGGAUUGUGUUUGAUUAACAUCAGCAUGAGAGGGUUGCACGUGACGAAACAACCGGCGUUUGCGAAACCGAUAAUCGAGGCGUUUCAGACGUUUUUGAGAACGUCGCCGAUUGGGCCGAAGUUUUUCGCCAACGUCGCGAGGAAAGAGACGGUGUCGAACAUUUUGAAGGAGGCGUAUCACGAUUCGGGAGCGGUCACGGAUGAAUUGGUGGACGUAAUUUUGAAACCAGGCAUGACGGAAGGUGCGAGUAAAGUAUUUUUGGAUUUUAUUUCCUAUUCCGGUGGGCCGUUGCCGGAAGAUUUGUUGCCGCAAGUGAGCCAAGGGGAGAACGCGACGCCGACGUUGAUGUUGUGGGGGGAGAAAGAUCCGUGGGAGAAGAUGGAAGACGGGAGGAAGUUGUACGAAAAAUACGCGAACGCUGGGUUUACCGUUUUGAAAGGUGCCGGGCAUUGCCCGAUGGACGAAAAUCCAGCGCUGGUGAACCCGUUGAUGAGCGAGUUUAUCGAGAGAUAUUCAUGA